AUGCAUAGCUAUAGAAUCCUUAAUAUUAUACCAUAUCUACUAUAUUUUUUCUCUCAUGGCCCUCUCAUUAUUAUUUUCUCAUCCUUCAUUAAUAUUAAUAAAAUAUCAGAAGAACAAAAUUAUCGAAAAUUCGCACCAAACUCAACCAAAGAAGGUGCGUGAAGAACCAAACAAUGUGUAAACCCAGCCACACAUAAAUACACCCGAGAAGAAAUCCUGCAAUCCUACAAAGACCAGCCCCUUUCUGUUUCAUUAACAGAAGAACUUCUUCCUUUAUUUUCAGUAAGUCCUCUGCAACCUUUGCAAAACACCAAAACUGCCUUUUAUCAUCCGAUACUAGAAGACCCAAAUAGCCGAAAGCCAAUUCCGUGAGAAAGGCGGGUCGAACAAGUCCCUGAGUGGUACAAUGAAGAUCCUGAGCCCACUGAAAAUUCCCAAGAAAACAAAGUCACAGAAAAACUCGAAAAUUUGGAGCUUGAAGAAGAAAUUUUUUCAAAAAUUGACGCUGAGGUGGAAAAAAAGCUGAAAAAUGAACUGAUUGAUGAUGAGACCAUGCCAGAGUGGGACGAUCCUGAAGAAGAAGCACCUGUUGUAGUCAAAGAAGAGCCCAAGCCUGGGGUGAAGCCUUUUUUGCUGUGUGAUUCGGUUACGCUGAACUAUCACUUGCAGGCUGGGAAUCCUUUUGCAAAGGUAGUUGAAGAAUUCGCGAGCAUUGGGGAUGAUAAAAAUGUUUAUUGUGUCCCUAUGUCCAGGCCAUUUGAAAAAAGCUGGUAUUAUAAAGAUCUAGAAAAUAGAACCCAAGGCCCAUUUAGCUCGGUUGAAAUGUUCAAUUGGGCUGCACGUGGCUGUUUUCCUCCAGACCUGAAGAUUUCGCAAGAUAUUAAUGGAGCAUUUACCCCAAUGAACAGAUAUAAUGCGAAAGUCCCUCCAAAAUCGCCUAUAAAAGUCCCACCACAAGCUAAAACAAUUGAUGAAAUUGAAAAACUCCAGACAGCGGUGUGGUCAAAAGCAGCUCAAGAAAAACCAGCAGUCAAUAAAGUUACGAAUAUAAGCGCUACCAAUGACUUGAAAAGCAUGCUUGGGCUGAUGUCUGGAAAUGUGUGAAAUGACUCUAAGCAAGUACAAAUUAAUAACAGAGAUACCAGAAAACCAUGAUAA